UAUCUUGUUCAUGUCUUGCCUAGCCACAAACCUUACAACUACGGAAGAUAAGUAUCCACUUAACCACUACAUACCGUGAACCAGUGUAAAUUCAUGGAGGAUGCUGACAGAGUUGUAACAUGUACACCAUGUACAUGUACGUGAGGCUGGCUCUAUCUGAUAGCUGGGAUUAUCAUCUGCUAAAAUGAUUGAUAGUUUUCGUGUUGUAAGGUUUAAAGCGUCAUAGUUUUGGAUAGUGUUUUAACUUAAAGGACUUAUCUUGUGAUAUGUUAAAUGUAACCGUUGGGCUGGAGCAAUUAAUCUACGGUGAACGAAUAGUGCAGUCAAUACAUGAAAUCAAACUGGAAGUGCUGUGUUUCAUACGUUUGGAUGUAUCCCGCAUACUGUGUUCCGCAGGAGCUAUUGGAUCAUAGCUGUCUAUUACGUCCAUUGACGCCUGCAAGUAUAAUGUAUAGCAGUAACAAUUUCGCUGUUAUAGGGAAAAACGGCAGGCAGUAAAGAGGUUUAUCCAGAAUGCCGUUUCAAUAUCCACCGAAGAGGGGAUAUAUUGUUUUGGUGCUCUUUUCAGCUGCUACACUGUUGCUAGUGCAUUUUACAUAUCACACUUAUCCUGAAGGCGUUUACAGUUUGCACACCAAUUUUAAAGGCGUUACAAACGGGUACACUACCAACGAAGCAUUUAAUGUAACCGGAAAGUUCGUCAGUAAGAAUGGUUCAACAUAUCCUGCUUCAGGAAGAAACACUGGAAACAAGUCAGCGCCCAUAAGCACCUUUUAUGUCCGCCAUAUCGCUGCCAAGAAGUUCCCAUUGAUACACCUUGACCUUAUGAAAAUGGAGCCGUUUACAUUCCUCGAAGAAUAUAAAAAUCCAUGUUACGCUGUUGAGCAAACCGAAGACCGGAAACUGCCUUUACAGUGUAUACCAUAUUUUUAUCUUAUUGGUGCCCCAAAGUCCGGCACUACGGACUUGUUUAGGAGGCUGAUCAAGCACAGGGAAAUCUCAGAGUAUGUUGUAAAAGAACCACACUGGCUAACGAGAAAGAGAUUCUUUUCACAUAACGGUAAGGUACCACCACACCCUUAUUGGUCAUCCUAUGAGGAAUACUUCCGUGCUGCAACAGCGCAUAUUUACGCAAAAAAAGACCCAAGCGGUUUCCAUCCAGUCAUUGUUGGCGACUGCAGUGCCUCCACCCUGUGGGACAACGAUUAUUGGACCUUUCUGCCAGAAUACAAGAAUCUCACUGAACCUUUAUAUACCAAUGCCGAUUAUAUUCACCAUUUUAAUCCUGAUGCCAAAAUUAUUGCGAUUGUGAGAAAUCCUAUUGACAGAUUGUAUUCUGAUUAUUUAUUUUUCAAGAGAGGCAUUAACAAAACACCAGAUAAAUUUCAUGAAGGAGUGAAGUUUGUCUUAAACACGACCAGAUCUUGUCUAGAACGGAAUACUUUACGGCAUUGCUUGUACAAGCCUGAUGCUACCGUUACUGAUUUUGAGGUCCGGUUGCGUAUCGGUGUGUACCAUCUGUAUUUAAACGAGUAUUUCCGCGUUUUUCCAAAACAGCAGAUCCUUGUUAUAAAAAUGGAAGACUACUCCAAGCAUACACCGGAACAUUUGGAUAAAAUAUUCGACUUUUUAAACGUUGCUCGUCUUUCUUCUAAGAAUAUGCAGGAGAUAUCCAGUGCAACCAAUGAAAACACUCGGAAAAAAGGAGAUAGAAAGAUUGGAGACAUGUUUCCCGAGACGAGAAAACUAUUGCGGGACUUUUACAACAGCCACAAUAACAAACUCGGUCGUCUGCUGGGCCAGCAGUUCAAUUACAAUAGAGAUGAACAAGGGAUGUCUUUUUAGAUGGCUUGAAGACACGCGUUUAAAGUAUUUACGGGUUUUAAAUUGUUCCUUAUUUUUAAGGAUUGGUUUAUUUUAUUAUUAUAGUUAAUUAUUUAACAUUACUUGUUGUUUUUUUGUCUACUCGUAUGGGCCAAUGACAGUUGAGGAGAUUUUUGUGUUCAAUCAUUUUACGUGAGCGAUUCCGACGAAUGCAACAACAAGUUUCAUUGGGUAUAUUUUCAGUCUAGUUUUCUACCAAGGCUUACCUUUUAAACAAGUGUCUGUAAUCAAGGGUAUCAUAUACUGGGUGUUUGAUUUUUUGUGUUGGCUAAUGACAGUCAAGGAUUUUUCAAAUUAUCUAUUUAUUAAUUUUACGUAGUUCGAUUUACUAAAAUAAAUCAACUAAGUUACAGUCUAAUUUUGACAGAAUAUAGAGAACUACGGCGCUGAGCCGUAACUCAUACGUAAUGUCCAAUACACAUUUCAACAUUUCGAUGUUUAGGCGCUAAACAAUCACUUAUCCAAUAUACGUUUAAAACAAAACCACAAAAACAGAAGAAAAAGGGACUUUUCCAGAGGAUAUAUUUUUCUUAAGUAAUUUUUUCCUCUUCGACGGUCAACUUGUUAAUCACCAAUUCAAUGAUAGAUAGAUAGAUUAUAAGUAUCUUCCAUGGCCAAGAGUGUAAGAUAGGUUCAUUCCGACCCGAGCGUAGGAUGUUUUGCGGAAACGAGGUUUACCGAACGGCUAUGGUAGAUGCUUUUUCUUCCACCUCAGUUAAACAAAAUUAAGUAAAAAUGUAUUUUUUGCUGGAACCUUUUUAGUGCUUAGUGAAAAUAAUUGCGUAUGGAAAUGCGAUAAUUCUUGGUUGUCAUGGAUAUGUGCGCAGUGAUUCAGAUUACGUUAAUAGUCCUUUCGGUCUUUAAAUAGUUCUAAGUAGAGUGAAGCAUUAUUUCUUGAAAGGCGCGUGAGAACUGUUUUAUGGUGGCAUUUGAAGCGAGAAUAAUUAAUUAGCGUUCUAAAUAUUGCCACAAGACAAAGUUUCCAUGAUGCGCUACAGACGACAGUCUUCAACAAGGGAGGUAAUUACAACAGUGUGUGGACCAUUAAAAAGGAGUUCCAUACGGGCAUUUUAUCUUCGCCCGUGGGCAAUAUAAGAAUUUCUAGCAUGGUUAAAUUAUCUACUUAUCUGAGGUGGGAGAAAGAUACUUCUUUAGUUCCUCCAUGGAAGAAGAGAUUACACAGAGCAUUACAUGCGUAUACAUAAUCAUAAUUAUAAUUGAGAUCAAAAUAUAUAUACAACUCGUGAUUAUAGAUAAUUAUGUUUAUGUAUAUGUAUAAAAUAUAGUUUUUCUAUGAUCACGAGUUGUAUAUAUGUUUGAGUCGGCGAAUAACAAGCUAGCAAACAUAUCAUUGCCUAAUAUAGGGCGUUUUUGUUGGUGAUAAACUGGUUUCUGUUUUAUUUAGGUUUCACAAAUUGUGCAUUUGUUGUUACAGUUUCAAAUAAAACCAAAACCAGUUGUAUGGUGUCUUUCAACAAAAACCGAAACCGUUUUUUUGGAAUCUAUCGAAACCCCUACCGGAGACGGUUUCAUCGGUUCGUUCCAUCCGAAAACUAGUUUACUUUAAAAACAACAUGGCGGUAACUGAUCUUCCACGUUUGUUGAAACUCAAUAUUUUUUAUAACAAUGCCUUACAAUGGGCAAAUGAGCUAAAUGCAAAAGGAACUAUUAAUAACUGUGUGUUAAUAUAUCAGUUUGUAUGCUCCGCCAUGUUGUUAAAACUGUUCACAAAAACAACCAUUUGUUACUUCAAGCAAAAUUAUUAAAACCGGUUUCGAAACUGCUGAAACCAUUAAAACUGAAACUGGUUUGGUAUCAACAAAGACGCCAAAAGAGAGCAUUUUAGGCCAUAGUUAGUGGCGAAUACUACCAUCAUUGAUGCAAAAGAAAGUAUAUGUUGCCCGUUAUAUUCAAUAAGCAUUUUACAUUAUGGGCAAAAUAUACACAUAUGGUUCUUAAAACAGUUUAAUGUGCAGAAAAAGCAACUGACUAACUGUACGUAAAAUGUUCUCUGCACAGUUGUGCGAAUUUCCAAGAAAAACAUGAAGUAAUUUCACGAACAGUGUUUCACCAAUUGAUUGACAUCGAUAAACAUUAUUGUAAAUGUAAAUGUAAAUGAUUUUCUUACACGAAUUUUCCAUUUAACGAAUUUUUAACAGCAUUAACGAUAAAUUAAUCAAGCUACUGCAACAUUUUGUUUUAAAAGAGCAACAACCUAUGGUUUUGAAAUUUAGACAUAUGUGGAUAUCCAUAGAAAAGAAUAUGUAUGUUCUAUACAUUUGUUCGAUUCUACAUUCCCAGAAAAAAGUGUUCCAUUGUCUCUACAUAAUUAUAACAGACCUGGAGGAGGUUAAAUGAUGUGAGAUUGUUCUGAUACAAGUACUUGUUUGGCAGCAUUAUUCUGUAAACGUGUUUGUACUGAACGGUUCUUAAUGCAUUAUCGAUGGUACAACAUUUACAGGGUCAUGGUUUAUUCCACUUAUUUCAGUUGUUGCUCGUUCCAUAAAGUGCAUGCGAUAAAAAUCUAUUUUUACUUGUUAAAGUGUGUGUUGUUUGUCGAGAAGAUUGCUUUCAAAAACCAACCUGCCUCCAAAUUUACAUAAAAUUUCAUUGAAGACGGUUUUGUAUUGAUGCAUAUUUGUUUCGAUCAGUACCCUCUUUGAUCUAUAUAUUUAGCACAUUUAUACAUGUUUUAACUCUGAGACCGCCCUCAUGAAAUCGUUCUUAAGAAUGUUUCUGUAACGCCUGUCUGAUUUAAUUACUUAUUUUAUAAUAAUAGUUAAAAUUAGU